AUGACAGGCCAAAGUAAGAACAAGGAACAAUUGCUGAGUGCAUAUGACAAAGAGCUGAGACUAACAUCUAGUGGACCACAAAAUUUUACUCUGAAUCUUCCGGCUCCAUCAUGGAAGCAUCCCACUUCGCCAACGUCGUUGAUCAACUCAUAUUCAGCUCGAAGACGCAGUGUACUGGCGACUGACAUGCCGUCCAGCCCCUCAAAGAAACUCGUUCCUCCGAAAGAAGAAUGCAUCGAUCUUGCAGCGGCAAUCAACAGGUUUAUAUUUAUGUUUCUUCUGUUUUUCUCUCCUUCUAUCUUCAGUAUUUCUUUCAUUAGUCGUCCUGGAAUAUGUAUGACAAUUAAGAUAUUUUUUCUAUUUUUCCUUUUCUUUCAUAAUUACGAACUUAUUUCUUCAGGCAACGAUUUGAAACUACUCUUUUGCAAAUUUAUCAGUUUUAGUAUUUCGAUUAAUUCAAUCCAAAAAUCUUCGUCUUUAUCGUCGCCGUCUGCCAUCAUGGAUUCAAACCAUGAUCGACAAGAACUUCUUGAAGAAACUAGAAGAAUCGUGAACGCCGUCAAGGAUUUCGCAGCGUACGAUCGAUCACUUGUUGAUUUUUUGAGUUUUUCGAGCUUGUCACACCUUCGCUUUCAACGACUGUUACCAGAAUAUCGAAACAUUUUUAGUUAUACAAAGAAGUCCUCUGGAAAAUAA